AGCCGAAGGGAGCCGAGCGCCCAGACUCUGUCCCGGAAGGGGCCGCCGGGAGCCCCCCCCCCGCCUCACUCCGCCCCGGAAGGAGCCCCUAAGAGCCUGGCGCCCUCCUUGCCGAAGCCGCCCCCGGCCCCCCCGCAGCGCCUCCCUCACCCAAGGAGCACCGGGCGGCGAGCACCCCAAGUCGGGGGAGAAGGCCGGCCCAGCGGGAAGCGCUUCCGGAAGGGGAGCCUGCCGCAACCGAGAUCCCGCGGAAGGAGGCAGCGAUUGGCUCCUGGGGCCGCAGCCGCGUGAGGAGGCGCUGGGCCCCCGGCGCCCCCCGCACAACGCCCCCUGCUGGCUCUUCGAGCGGCCGCAGCAGAGGAGAGGCUGGCUCCAGCGGCAGCGGCAGCAGCAGCAGCGGCGGCGGCGGCGGCGGCGGCGGCAGCGGCAGCAGGAGGCAGAGGGCUGGCAGCGGGGCUUCGGGCUUCCCGUAGCACGAGAGGAGGAGGAGCCGGAGCUGGAGCCGAGCAGGAGGAGCAGGAGCGGACGCGGUGCUCGCGGCCCCUGGGGACCAGGCAUGGAGAACAGAAAGCUUAUUUCUGCCACUGACACUCAGUACUCUGGUAAUCUACUGAACUCCUUGAAUGAGCAACGAGACCAUGGCCUGUUCUGCGAUGUCACUGUGAUCGUGGAAGAUCGAAAAUUCCGGGCCCACCGGAAUGUUCUGUCUGCAUCAAGUACUUACUUCCACCAACUUUUUGCAGUUGCUGGGCAAGUAGUUGAACUAAACUUUAUAAGGGCAGAGAUUUUUGCAGAAAUUCUCAACUAUAUUUAUAGUUCUAAACUUAUGCGUAUUAGAUCAGAUCUACUUGAUGAAUUAAUUAAGUCAGGGCAGUUGUUAGGAGUUAAGUUUAUAGCAGAACUCGGUGUACCUUUGUCGCAGGUUAAAAGUAUCUCAGGUGCAAUAAAGCAGGAUAGUGAUACCUUACCUCCUGGCACAGACGAAAAGGAUCUUCAAGUGCAGAAGGCAGAAAAUGAAGGCUCCGAUGCUGGGGUGACUAUGAUGCCUGUUAUCACGGAGACUUUUUCUUUAUGUGCUGAAGAUUAUGAGACAAAAAAAAUCGGUACUGAUUCUGAUGAAGACGAUGAUGUAAUUUUCUGCUCUGAAGUUUUACCUCCCAAAGAGGCUUUGCCAGGUGGUAAUGCAGCGGCACAAGUCCAGCCAGACCCAGGGCCUGUUGCCUAUGCGGAUAAGGCUUGUGGUACCAGUAGCUCGCCCCCUCUAACAAAUAAACCACUGCAGACACUUGCUACUUCUGUGAACCAGAUGGGCCCAAGCCAAACCCGAAAUAGUGAAGAAACACUUAAGUCUUCAGCUCCAAAGCAUCUGACUCCCAACAUCAUUUUGUUAAAUCAGCCAUCUCUUAACUCCCUACCAAGUUCUUCACAUCCUAGUCAGGUGUCUCCUUCAGUUAAUUUACUUGUACAGAAUCAUCAGCAGACACCAAAUAAUACCAUGGCUUUACCUAAACGUAGGGCUAAUGUAGAAGUGGAAGCAGAGAUUAUAGAUGAUGAUGAUGACACUAUUACUUCUAGUUCAGACUCGGCAGUCAGUAAUCCCUCUUUGCUCCCCCACCCCGAUGCUUCUUUUAAUGGCUCUGCAGUCCAGUCAAAGCAGGUCUCUCUUUUUCAUCAAGAACCACUCUCUAACUCUUUAAAAAUUUCAAACGUCAUUACUGAAAGCAGUAAGGAUUCAGGUGGAGGUGCAAAACAUGUGAUGGAGGGUCAGAAGAUCAUUACUCUAGAUACAGCUACUGAAAUUGAAGGCUUAUCUACUGGUUGUAAAGUUUAUGCAAAUAUUGGGGAGGACACAUAUGACAUUGUGAUUCCUGUCAAAGAUGACCCUGACGAGAAAGAGGCCAAGCGUGAUAGUCAGGUCCCCAAAACAUCUGGUGAUGAGCCUUCCAAUAAGCGUGUGAAAGUCAAACAUGAUGAUCACUAUGAAUUAAUUGUAGAUGGGAGGGUGUAUUAUAUUUGUAUCGUGUGCAAAAGAUCUUAUGUCUGUCUGACAAGUUUGCGGAGACAUUUUAACAUUCAUUCUUGGGAGAAGAAGUAUCCGUGCCGUUAUUGUGAGAAGGUGUUUCCCCUUGCAGAAUACCGCACCAAACACGAGAUUCAUCAUACUGGAGAGCGGCGGUAUCAGUGUUUGGCCUGUGGCAAAUCUUUUAUCAACUACCAGUUUAUGUCUUCACAUAUAAAGUCAGUUCAUAGUCAGGACCCUUCUGGUGACACCAAGCUAUAUCGCCUACAUCCGUGCAGGUCUCUGCAGAUCAGGCAAUAUGCUUACCUAACCGAUCGGCCUAGGAGUAUACCUGUAAUAAAGGAAGAUGGAAUUGUGUAUAAGGUUGAUGGUGGGAAAGAACCUUCAGAAGGGACUGCCACAUCUACUCCCCAAAGCAAGCCAAUGACUUGGGAUGAUAUCUUUAUUCAACAGGGAAAUGAUUCCAUGUUUAAACAAAAUGUAACAGAUGGCAGCACAGAGUUUGAAUUUAUAAUACCAGAAUCUUACUGAAUUGCUUUGGAAAAAAAAAAACCUGAGAUUGUGUCGGGGGCAAUGGUUUCAAAAGACCAGUAAACACUUAUAAAAUAAAUUGGGGUGAAAGCAAGUUAAUUAGUCCUUCAAAGUCAUCCGAAAGUAGUUUUUUAUUUGCAUUAUUUUUAGUUACAGGAAAUUGCUAGGAGCAAAUUUUUCUGAAAGUUUACUUGAAUAUUAAUUGAGGAGUUAUCUCCAGCGUGAGCUGUUCAUUAGUUUAUUUUUGGGGUUUUUGUUUGUUUGUUGGUUUUUUAAGAAAAAUGGUAUAAAAAGGUAGUUUUCUGAAAAGAAUUUGAAGCAGUCACUCCUCUCUAACAGGUAUUAUUGGUAUACCUGAAAAAUUGAACCUAUUUUAUGAAUUUUCUCUUAUGUAUAGCACUUUACUGCUGAUUUCUGCAAAAAAACAUUUGAACAAUAAGUCUUCAGUUUUUGUGUUGUCUAAUGUGUAUGACAUAAAAAUAUCCAGCAGCUUUGAAAAUCAUUUUGAAAAGGUUCAAAAUAACUGUCCUGCCCACUUGGAUGGCAUACUUCGGGUCCAGCAGUGCCGUAUUGCUCUAGUCCAAAUGGAUUGUUAAACUUCCAUCUGGAUAGUUAAACCUGCCCUUUCUCAUAAGCUUGUCACCUGGAACAAUGGUAGAAUUGGGCUCAUCAGCACAAGCUUGACUUAUAUAUGGCCAUGUACCGAAAGAGACCAAUGGCUGGUCCACUUUAUCCCUUUGCCACAUGGAAUAUGCAGAGGGAAUCUUGACGGACUAAGAUCUGAGUGGUAUGGGAUGGAGAAAAAGGACAAGUCCUGCAGCGAUUAUUUUGUUAGGAGAUUGUCAAUUAUUUUGUUAGGAAAUUGUCGAUUAUUUUGUUAGGAAAUUGUCAAGAGCGCUCAGCUUCAGACACAGAAUCAAGUUAGGAAGCAGUUGUUGAUUUGCUCGUGACUAACAUGCCCAGAUUUACAUGAUAUUACUUUUACUUUUUAAUCUGAAGGCUGCAUCGUGGGCUUGCAAAUAUGCAUAAAACUACAAAAAUAUCUAAACUCCAUGGUUUUGGGGGAGGAGUCCUUCAGUGUAAAUUCUUAAAUGUAGAAUCUUCUAGUAGGAAGUUUUCGUUUGAAACAAUUGAUGUGUUUUUUUUCUCUCAAAGAAAAACCGUAGCUUUUUAUGUAUUCUAAGGUAUGCUUUGCUCCAUUCUACCUGCAAAUCACCGUGAUGCUACAGCAUUCAGGAACUCUGUAUGGAAUCAUGUCGGCCUACUGGCCUCUGUGUCACCUUCAAAGUGGUGCACCAAUAGGAAACUUUCAUUGGAAAAGCCAGUAAAGUGAGCAAGCACAAAUACUUCACUUAGUAUUUCCUAAGUCAACCUGUUGAAUUUCUGUAAAUGAUUUGCAAAAAGAAAAAAAUGUAAAAAAUACAAAAAAAUUAAUAGAUAUGAAAAGGUUGUGCAUAGUAAUAGUUAUUUGUAACCUUUCAGUAAAUAUUUCUUAUCUGACAGUUUAAAAGAAUUUUUCUUUUUAUGUAUUAUAAGAAAUAACUUUUUUAAGCUUAAAGCUUUAAUUAUGUUUUCAUGCAUACGUCAUUGUUGCCAAGAUAAGUUAGGUUUGAAGAUAAUAAUUUUAAAGCUUCUAAAGCUACAAAGGUACCAGAAAUCAGUAUUUUUAAUAAAAGGAGAACAAAACAUAAGUCAUUCUUUGCCUACCCAGGUGUAUGCUGUGCAUAUGUUUUCUGUCCUGUGUGUGAAUAGGUUUUUCAAAUCAUUAUCAUUGUGUAAAUUAACCUUUUUUAAAAAUUAGGAAAUAGUUUUUAAUUUAAGACUCUGCUACCAGAAACCACAGUAGUAGAGUUUGUGUAUAGAUAUUAAUGAUGUUAUUCUUUGGUUAUGAGAGUGUUUCUUGCUUUGAAAAAUGUUCUUGGUUGAAUUUUAUUCGUUCCAUUAAUAUACUUCAUCAGUUAGAUGCGAUUAUUACGAGUGUGAACAAUACCUAUACCAGCAUAGCUUUCAGACCUUUCAGACUUAAUGGCCCAUGUGCAGUUAAACACAUAGACACAUUUUGUCAUGCUAAGGCUUGGUAAGUUUUAUGAAUCUGUUGUGACAAAUGGGGAAUUCCUUCUACCACUCCAAUUCUUUAUUCAGAAUGAAGUGGAUAUAAUUAUUUGCUGCUGAAUUUGCCCUGUUGAAGUCCUGAUUCUCAAAUUUAAGCUCUCUGCCUAUUAAAGAUAACUUUCUGAGGGCUAGAGGGGAGCAGGGGUUUGGAGGAAAACUGGAAAAAUUAACAUUAAAUCGUAUUUCUGCCAGAAGACUCUUACUUGCAUGUGUCUCAGGGUCUUCAGUUUUCCUAGGAGUAAUUUCAAUAUCCAAAGUCCAGAGCGCAUAUGAAAAACUUUUUGGGGGAAUAAAACCCUUCACUUCUAGUAUUUAUUGGGUUGAAAAUGUGUCGAGGCCCCCAUUUAUUCUUUUUAUGGGGCCUUUUGGCCUUUAGAUCUCAGCCUGUUGCACUUACUAUUUUUUUGGUUGUUAAGCUAGCUUUUUCCUUUUGGUCUUAAUGCUAAAUUUCCUGUAAAUAUUAGCAGAUGUUAACGCUUUGAAACAGUACUCGCAUUCAAAACAGUCACACAAUUUGACACCGCUUAAAGUCUUAGCAAAAUCAGAAAAAAAUGCCAUAGCAAACUUGCAAGAACCAUUUUAAAAUACUUUCAAUGUUCAUAAUGAUUUUAGUAGUGAAUACCCUCCACCCUGUCACUAAGGGAAACUUAUGCUACAUCUUUCCAGUAUAGCAAAGAGCAACAUAACACAUUUGAGCUAAUCAUUUUUAGAGGCUGCAUAUUUAUUUUCUGCUGUUGUUAAGGCAUGACUAUUAUCAAGAUCCAAGAGCCGAUAAACUGUACGUUGUCUUAAGAGCUUUGACUUCCGUAGCUCAGAAUCAAAACUGCCUGCUGUUUAUUUUUACCAACACUGUAAUGUGUAUAUAUACACCUGUACAGUCUUUUGCUUAACUUUUAAAAGUUGUGCUUUAAACCUUAACCAGUAAUUCUUGCUGUUAGUUCUUAGUAGCUUUCUAUGGCAAAAAUAAAAAGUUUUAAUUCCAA